AUGGAUACACAACAAGAGCCCCCGGCAGUGGCAUGUCUACGCUGCCGCAAGCAAAAGAAGCUCAGAUGCAGUCGGGAGCGUCCCCAAUGCCGCCGCUGCCAAAGAGCAGGCAGCGCGUGUGGCUAUCCAGCACCCCCAGAUCGCAGGAGAUUGGCCCUUGUGCGUGCUCAGGAAAAAACGUCGCAGCUUGUUGAGUUCCCAGCCCAGCAGUCGCCCAACGACUCUGGACUGCCAACUGACCAGGGCUCGGAUCGUAACGACUCACUGCCUCCGACCCAGGAUAGCCCCACAUGGCCAGGCCGGCAUGACACAACUGGUGAUCGUCGACCACUGUUGGGCCCAGUGGAAGAGAUGAGAGUUUCGUCUCGUGGCCGACACUCCUUCCCUACUGUCAACAUCUCCCAGGAGGUCGCGUUCUUUCUGUUCGAGAUUUUCUUCGAACGCCACUAUCAGUCCAGUCUCUUGUUUCGCAAGAAGCAGUUUAUUGAGAGCUAUACGGCGGGUAAAGCUUGUGACUAUGUCGUUCACGCCAUCUUCGCCUUUGCUUCCUUAUUCUUGCAUCCCAACCCAGGAGGAAUUUUCCAUGGACAUUUAGACAUUACAGAAGUAUCUCUUGUUGACUGGCAGCUGAUCGGUCGACUGUGGGGAGAGCAGGCUAGCCAACUGGCUUUGAUGACUGCUGAUAGGCCAUGUCUGGAUCUUGUGCAGGCAUGUCAGGUCCUGGCUCUUUUCUGGUUUGCCAAAGCCAUAGCUUACCGGGCUUCUCGGCUAUUGCACUUUGAUCAGGUCCGUCUAGACGACACAGUCGACAAGAUAGCGGAGUGCAGCCAUCAAACAACGUGCUUCUGGGCAUGCUGGCUUACCAAAUGCGCUAGUCUGGAGAACUCGCGAUUUGAAAUCGACUGUUGGGCAUGUGUGGAAGGUCGUCCAUUGCCGUUCGAUGACUUUGAUCAGGACGGCACCACUGAAACGCUGGCAUGUUGUCUUGGUGAAAAUGGGUCGCUCGCUACACCGGGUCAAGGAACACGGUUAAGCUUUAACUCGGCCUUGGUUAUGGUCCAAGGCUUAUGGUGGGAAUGUCAACGGUUUGUCCGAACAGUUCAUGGAGAUCAAGCCCGCCCUGAACAGUGGGCUGCAACAUACUGUUCACUAGAUCAGCGAUUGCAGAGUCUUCCAGACCAGCUUGCAAAGUAUAGACAGCCCAUCUUGACUACUCCAUUGAACGAAACACUUUCGAGCGAGCUGAGCCGUACAUUUUCUCUCACAUAUAUGUACGAGCUCUGUUUACUUUACCUUCAUUCCUCAGUGGUCCCAGUACUAUCCUGCCGCACGCAAACACCGAGUUUCUCCCGUUCGAUGCUACAACUAGCGGCUGAGCAGGCGUGGGAGCACUCAAAGAAGAUGACUGAGAUGACGGAGCAAUAUAUAUCGUCCAAGGCAUCUGUAUCAAAGUUAUGGCCCAUCGUUGGGUACGGGGCCUAUGUGUGUGCUGCUGUUCAACUGCGUCGAUGCCUCGCUCUUGGAUUGCUUCAUCAUUCGCAGAUUCAGAGCACUCGCAUCAAUCUUCGUCUCGCAGCUGAGCUUUGCCGAUAUUGGACCCAUUUACAGCCAGUGUUUGAGGACAUGGAGCGUCAAUUCGUUCAAGCUACAGCUCUUGCUGGGUCUCAGGAAGUCGAGAAGCCUAGGGAACAUAGACAGGGCAGGGGAGACUCACUCAUUAUCAACCAAAACACCCAUUCAUCUCCUGCCCUGACGAGCCAUAUCCGGACGUACAUUGCCAACAGCGAUGAAAGAAGUGACCAGUUGGAAGAAGUCGCCUCAAUUCCCGGGUCUAGCGUCGCAGCUGACCAAUGCAAUUCUACUCCGUCCCUUCCGCCGCUCGAUCCGCGAAGCGCCUCUACCGCCAUACCCCGGUCAUGGGGUUCGCCGCCUGCCUCGAACAAUGGCUUGGUCGCUUACACUCCCUCGAGAAGUUUCCUUUCGGUUCGGGGCAAUUGGCCCUUGUAUCCGACGUGCGACGUGCCCGUUCCACACACGCGAUCCAUAAAGGAUCUGUUGGCUCUCUUGGACGUCGUCGCCGUCAAGGACCCGAUAGAGAAGGGCGAGUUUUGGCGAGAGCAAAAAUUUGUCGACAUCCAGGAGCCCUGGCAGGACAAACCGAAAAGCUCGUUCAAGAAGAUUUCCUCCUUCAAGUCCUUGUCUGGUCUGCGAAUCGCAGUCCCCGAAUUGUUCAUCGGCGGCCCUGCACCGGAGGGUGCAAGACAAGUGGAAACAGGCCCAGCUGUUGUCGAGCUAUGGAACCAAGCACGACAAGAUCUCGAAGCACUCGGUGCCGAAAUCAUCUUGGUUCCUGAUUUCCCCCCGAUGACGGCAUACGAGAAUGAUGAUUUAUUGCCAGAGGGGUGCCCGAGACGCCCGAAAGACUAG